AUGCCUUGGCUGCUGUAUGACCCCGUGAAAGUAGCCAUCCCUGGCCACGCGAAAUCAGCUCAGGAGCCGUCCAUCGAGACGUCCCAGCGCAAGCUCAGAGCAAAGGCUCGACUGAACUGGCAUCUUUUUCAAACCGGUCAUAUUCAUUUGACGAGGAAGGAAAUUUUGAUUUUGAGACAUCGGCUCAGUUCGCAUCAUUCGAAGGAUCGACAAUUUAUCCAACGCAUCAACAAAGAACUGAUGGUGCAAGGAGAUCCAUGGAGAUGUGUUUACUGCAAAAAGAUUUCGAAGGCAAAUGCCAAUGGUUGCAAUCAGUGCCUGAUAGGAUGGCAAGAAUGUCAGGACACUACAUUUGUUCCACCAUCAAAGCAGCAGAAGUAUUCGCAACAGCAGUCACAGUCUCAGUCCAGCUGGGAUUGGAACAGCUGGGAUUACUAUCAAGAAGGAGAUCUUACGCCAAGGACGCCAAAAGGAUCCAAGGUGGAGUGGCAACAGCCCAAAUCCCCACGUCAAGGCAAAGGAAAGGGGAAAGGAAAAGGUACGCGGAAAGAGCAAUGGAAAGGACAGUCAGCACACAAUCAGCAGAAAGGACAAACAAAGGAUCAAGGCAAAGACAAAGGAAAGGGUCGAGGAGCCAGCUCUCAAGGGAGCACAAUGAUACCUCCAGAGCCGCCCUGGACGCCUUCUCUGAGCAGUGCCACCAACCUUGCUCCAUUGCCGCCGCCUACAGAGCCACCUCCAACCACAGAAGAAGGAGCCAUGCUCAAGGAACUGCUGUCAGCCUUGAAGAAGUCUUCAGCAGAACAAGAUCCAGAAGUCAAGGCGAUCGUCCAAAGGUCCACACUGAAAGAAGGGCAAGGAGCUGCUCAAACGCUCUAUUCAGCUGUGGACGAUCUCACCAUGGCCAGGGAGGCAUUGGAUUGUGCACGACUGGCCAGACACAAUCUUCACAUCAGAUGGAGAAACUUUCUGACAGAUGCGGCCCUUGUACAGGCUGUCAAGAGGUUCGAAGAGUCCAAGACAGAACUGGGAGAUCAAGCGGUUCAUGUGGACGCCGAAGCUGCGAUGAACGAGGAUCCGGACAAUAUGGACAAGAACGCUGUGGGAAUGGCAUUGCAAGAAAGUCUGACGACCAUGUCAGCUCAGCUGCAAUCCCUGCAGGCCUCAGCGGAGGCAAUGGUCACAGAAGAGGCAAACUCAAACAAACGUCAGCGGACGGAUGGAGGGGAUGGAAGAACAUCAUUUGCAUCAGGCUCUGGAGUGCACGAUGGAUUGCCGUCUGCUACUGCGCCUGCAAUGCAGCCAUUUGCCGACCGACAGAAGCCUUUUAUCCAGCCCGACAAGCAGAGGGGUGUGUGGGAUGAAAUCCUUUUUGACAUCAUCAUUGCACAAGGGCUUGAGGCUCCACGCAAAGCAGGCCUUAUUUCUGUGCUGCAACGUGAUGACCCAAAUGGAAGGGUCCGUUAUGCUCUUGCUGCAUCCUUGCCGGAGGACCUUAGUGGAUAUCAAAUUGUGCAAAGCAGUGAAAUUCUACAUGAAUGUAAUACUUUCACAUGCACUAUCAAACAUGGAAUGAUGACAAUACCUUUCACGAUGGCACCAGUUCAUCUCAUGCAAGAUGGUGACUCUUUCACGGUUGCUAGUCGCACUGGUGCAACUGGCGGUGGAGCCUCCAGUAGCUCAUUGCCUCACAGUGCCGCUGCCAUGAGUGCUGACGAAGCAAUGAAUCCCGAAAGCGGUGAAGAGGAACCUGAGGAAUCUGACAACCCAGCCUUGCAGUCAGAUCAAUCAGAAUCGGACAGUUUGCAAGGUGUGCACAUUUUCAGAUUGGGACACCAGCAAGUCUUCAAUCGUUUGAGAUGGGACACUGCAGAUCACAUUUUGCAAGACGCGGCACGGUCUGUGAAUGAAGUGCAACAAGAAGCCAUCAUUCUCCAACAUAUCAACGACAUUGCGCCAGGAUCUACCGAAAAACUGAUUCUCAUGGAUAUUGAGAUGCAUGCGGCAGGUUUGACAGGUGGCAGCAAUCUCCAAGCACCACGUGCGGACCUAGGACCCUAUGACAUUGAUGUGCCAAUCACAAACCCACCCAGGGCUUACCAGAGUAUUCUGACGGCAUUGAUUGAAGGAGAUCGAAUUGAUGCAAUCAAUCAAGGUGCUUUUUCUCUCCCAACCACCAUUCGUAGACAGACCAUCAUUGACACGCUGGAAAUUGUGAAAUUGCGGCCAGUAAUGUGGUCACGUGGCUUGUUGACCAUCGUCAUUUCCUCCAUUGCUAUGCAGGUAGGUCUGGUUAUGGAAUCGUUGUUCAUGUCCAAAGAAGGAACAGGUUUUGCUUUCUGCGUCGCUUGUGAUUGGCGGCCACCACCUGAGCAGUUCUGUUAUGUUUAUUACUCGCCCGGAAACUGGGACAGAGACUCAAUCAUUCUGCAUAGCGAGCAAGCCCAUGAAGAUGCCAAUCGUCAUAUGAAGGUGCUUCACUCUCUUGGUUUUUGCCGUGCAGUCAUCAUUGAAACGACCACAGUGCGAACCGGCCUUGUACUGGUUGAGUAUCAUAACAAUGAACCUGCCCUCGCAGCACAAAGCAUCCUGACCCGCAAGCAGACGCCUUGGCCAGCACCAAUGCCUGUUAUCCAGUCAAGACCUUUCUUUGUCUUCCAGGACUUUCAGGAUGAUGCACCAGAGCAUUGUUUGGACCUUGGUAUUGAUCUGCAAUCCCUCGAGAAGUUUUUCAGUACUGGAGAUGAUGUCUUAUGUCAGUGGUAUAGCCAUCUGGACUUGCCGGAAGUCACUCUUCAUGAAAUCCAACACAGGAUUGUGAUCGCCACCGAAAUGCCUGAUCUCGAGAGUUUCGACCGUCUUGUCAUCUAUACGGAUGGAAGCUCAAAAGCGCACAACAGACGCAAACCACCGCUGUGGAUCCAAGAAUUUGAUGUACCCGAUGCAUGGGCGUAUCUAGUCCUUGGUGAAAGAUACAGAGCAGAUGCGUCAUUGCCUGAGAUCACGCUUAUUGGAUGGCAUGCACAAUGUGUCACAUAUGAGGAAAAUCUCAGUCAUUAUCUCGGCACUACUCAGGUAGGAUCGGAACAUGCCGAGAGAGAGGCCCUUUUCUGGGCAGCAAUCUGGCAGUUAUCCAGAAACAUCACUGUACCCACUGUUUUCAGAUCGGAUUCGGUCACCACGGCCGAACAGGCUAUGGGACGAGCUGGAUGCAAUGAUGACAAUCCAACAUUUGAGGCACUAAGGAGUGUUUUCCAAGCUCUACAGGCGGCAUUACCUCCUGACUGCUUAGAUGCGCAGCAUGUGAGGGGGCAUGCAGGUGAUCCUUGGAACGAAAUGGCUGACUUUCUUGCGAAGUCUGAAGCAGUGCAUGGGCACAAAUUGAAACGGCAGCCGGUCAACAUGCAGGAGUGGAAAACUGUGCUGCCAUAUCUGUGGAUGCUUUUCGACAAAUCUGCAGGUCUGCCAAGCUUCAAAGGACACGGUUUUGACGUGUGUCCUCCACAAUUGCCGAAGCCAGAACCGCCGACACAAAAUGCCCUCAACCAAACAAAGGUGAUUCGACAUCGCAUGGCCAUCAGUCUUGCAACAUGCAAUGUGAGUUCCCUGUACGCAGGACCAGAGGGUUUUGGUGGGAAACUCCAUUUUCUGCGCCGGCAGAUGUGUGACCUUAACCUAAAUUUUCUAGGCAUUCAGGAAGCACGAAGCCCAGCAGGCACAUCCAGGGCUGAUGAUGUCAUACGCCUUGCUAGUGGAUGUGUUAAGGGCCAGCACGGGGUCGAAUUGUGGAUUAACACAAAACAGCCGAUUGCCUAUCGGCACAACAAGCCUUGUUUUGUGCAGAUGACACAUGUGCAGGUUGUCCAUGCAGAUCACAGAAGACUUUUAGUCCGCCUUGCCCAUCCAUGCAUUGACUGCCAUCUUUGUGUGUUGCACGCGCCACAGAGUGGCAGACCUUUGAGUGAACGCCGCGCAUGGUGGGAGGAAACUCAACGCAUCAUGACUCAGUUUGUUUGUGAGUUGUCUUUGUAUGUUUUCAUGGAUGCCAAUGCGAAAACAGGUCCUUGCUGUGAACCUAUUGUUUUUGCAAAUGAUGACUCAUGUUCAGCAAACACUGUUUUCAUGAUGGAGUUUUUGAAAACCUUUGGACUAUGCCUGCCAUCCACCACAGCGCUGCAUCGCGGUUCUCAUGGCACAUGGACUGCACCUGAUGGUUGGACACAACAUCGCAUUGACUACAUUGCAAUACCGCAGAAUGAACUUUGCUUUUGCAUGCAGUCAUGUAGCAUUGACAACUUUGAUACAGGAAAUAGCCAUGAAGACCAUCAGGCAGUUGGUGUCCAGCUUCAAUGGAUUCAAGAUCGCCAGACCUGUUUGUCCAAAGCCAAAAUAGGAAAACAUGACCGGAAUGCAAUCAAGGACCAAGAACACGUGAUUGACCUUGCAGCAGUCCAGACAUGUGCAUGGCAUGAGGACAUUGAAACCCAGGUACAAUCGUUGAAUCAAGCCAUUCAUUGCACAUUACAAGCAGCAUGCCCAAGGCACAAACAGGGCAAGAAGAAGCAGUAUUUGUCAGCUGAAAUAUGGGACUACCGGAUUGACAAACUCCAUUUGAGAAGACGCUUGCAGAAUGCCCGACGUCAAGCCAGCUUGGAUUCCAUCCGACUUGUAUUCUGGGCAUGGAAAAAUCAGGAGGCUGACACAGAUAGUGUGGACGUGAUUGUUAACUCUCAUGUGGCUCACGCAAACACAGUCUUGUGCUCCAUUUUCCAAUUGAACUGCAGGUAUUAUCGUAUUGCACGCAUGUUGAGACGUGAGUUGCAGCAAGCAAAAACACGUCAACUGUCUCAUGCUCUGGACCAGACAUCGGAGGUCACACCAGCUGGCACAUUACUGCAAACUUUGAAACCAUUCAUUGGGCCCACCAAUUUGAAAAAACAAAAAAAGACAGGUUUGCCUGCAGUUCGAAAGCAAAAUGGUGAGAUCUGCACGACGCCUGAAGAGGCCCAGAACAGAUGGAUUGAAUUCUUCAGCCACCUUGAAGGAGGCACCAGAAUGGAUCAUGAUACCUACCGUACCAUUUGGAGACAGAACCUUGCAAAAUUCCUUGUGACAGACCCGUUUUCCAUUGCCAUCAAGGAACUGCCAAGCCUUGCUGAACUUGAAAUGGCGUACAGACGUGUGCCAUUCGGCAAAGCAGUGGGAAAUGAUGGUAUCCCACCGGAAGUCUGUCAUGUGAAGGCACGUGAUCUGGCCAGAUUGACGUACGCAAUUCUGAUCAAAGUUUUUGUCUAUGGACAAGAAGCAAUUGAGCAUAAAGGUGGCCGGUUAGCUGUCGCGUGGAAACAUCGUGGAGAUGUGCGUGACUGUGACACACACAGGUCACUUCUUGUUUCAAGUCACAUGGGCAAAACCAUUCACAGAGCAUUGCGACAGAAACAUCACAGUUUGUAUACGGCAUACAUGCAAACCCAACAGCUUGGGGGACGCCCAAAAAUUCCUGUGGGGAUUCCGCUGCAUUUAUCAAGAGCUUUCAUGCGAUGGCAAGCUCGAUUGCAACGACCCACUGCAUGCAUCUUUUUGGACUUAGCAGAAGCAUUCUAUCGUUUGAUUCGCCCAUUGGCUCUGGGGGGUGAUCUUUCUGAUGAUGACAUUGCGGUCAUUGCAGCCAGGAUUGGUCUUGGACAUAAUGCUCUGCACCAAUUUCAUGCACAACUUAAGGAACCUUCAGCUUUGCAGCAGGCUGGAGCGGCACCGGUUAUCCAGAAGUUCCUUCAAGCCUUGCACAGCGACACAUGGUUCCAAAUCGGAACCCAAGAUGAUGUCGUGCGAACAGCAAUCGGCUCUAGGCCCGGCGAUUCGUUUGCUGACGUAGUGUUCGGCCUAUUAUGGGCCCAAUUGCUCCGGCGUUACGAAGACCAGCUUGUCGCCCAUGAUGUCCUGGAAGUGAUUCCUGUUCAUGAUUUGCCCAGCUUUGAUGACCAAGUUGAUGGGCCUCAGGUGAAGGUACCUUUUCUCGGGCCAACGUGGAUGGAUGAUCUGAAUGUCUGCAUUGCCGCAGAUUCCAACCUUGGCCUAGAAAGAAAAGCAGGGUUGGCCAUGAGCUUGUUGCUUGACCAAUGCCGUGAAAUGCACAUGGAACCCAAUCUACGCAAAGGGAAAACAGAGAUCAUUUUCACAUUCAGAGGCAGCAGAUCCAGGGAGUUCAGAAGGAAAUAUUUUUCCAGUGCACAAGGCCUGACUGUAGUUGGUGAACAUGAAACGGUGCAAGUUUCCGUUGUGAGCAGAUAUUUGCAUUUGGGGGGUAUUCUUCAUCACCGUGACAUUGACCGUGUUGAAGUGUCUCGCAGAUUAGCUAUUGCCCACCAAGCUUUCACGGCACACCGAAGGAUCCUUUAUCACAACGGCAAGAUCCAAUGGAAAAAGCGCCGUGAAAUCUUUGUGACCUUAAUUCUCAGCAAACUAGUAUACGGCUUGGAAUCAUGGACGCUGAAGUCCCAAAAAGUGAAGAUGCAAUUCCACGGUGGUGUGAUGAGCUUAUACAGAAGGUUGUUGAAAUUGCCUCAUGACAUGCACAUCACGGAUCUUCACCUCUUGACACGUGCAGGAUUGCCAUCACCUGGCGAAUUGCUCCGGAGCAGUCGGUUGAGGUAUUUUGGCACAUUGCACCGAUGCGGACGUGCGGCCAAUUGGGGAGUUAUUGCAGAAGACCAUGACUGGAUUGCGCUCAUUCAAGAUGACAUUCAAUGGCUCUGGUCCCAGGUCUCAAACACUACAGAUUUGAAGGACCCUGUGGACCAUUAUCCAGUCUGGAAAGAUCUGCUUACAUUCCACAGUUCAUACUGGAAGAAAUUGGUCCGAAGAGGCAUCGCCCAUGCUAUCGAGCAGAGAAACAAUUAUGUGAUUGCGCUUGACUUCCACUGCAGUAUUGGUAGCAUUUUGCAUGAUCAUGAUUGGGUUGCUGAGUUGCCUGCAGAUGACACUCGAACAGUUCCCAGUGAGGCAUAUGGAUGCAUGUGCUGCCAACAAAGAUUUCUUACCCAUGCUGGCGAAAGUGUCCACAUGUUCAAAAAACAUGGGCAUGUAGCGCCAGCCAGAUCCCUAUUCGAUGAAACGCACUGUCCAGCAUGCCUCCGUGAAUAUCACACAAGAGCGAAGGUAUUGGCACAUCUUCGUCACGCUGACCGUUGUCGUCGUGCACUAAUCGGUCAGCGCAUGCAAUGUGCCAUUGUACCUGGCACUGGAUCAUCGAUUGACCGUGAACUGGAGAAUAGCAUGGAUGGCGCAUUGCCUUUUCAACAAGCCUUUGGUCCCCAGCGUCCCAAUGUGCGCCAGGCGGACUUUGAUCAACAUGACAUCCGUUUACUGGAAGAUCUGUAUCUUGCCCUCCUGGAGGUCACAAUCACCGAUGACCUGGAGCAGGUCAUAAGGACAGAGAUUGGCAGACACCCUGUGGGCUGGACAGUUUGUCGUUGGACUUUGCAGCACUUUCUUGCCAUUUUCACAGAGCAAGAUGCAGAGGUCUUAGCAUUUUCCUUUGACGCAGUUCGCCGUUGCAUUGAGAUCCUCACACGUGAUGGUGCGUGGCCUUUUUUGCAGAUGCAAUGUGUCAGAGAGGGCAGUAGUGUGACCCAAGAUAUCAGUGUAUGGGAAGCCUGGUUUGCAGAAUUUGCAUGUGAGCCCCCUGCACCAUGGAAGCUCCUACAGCCAAUGCCAAGAUCGUUGAGCAAGCAGAAGAUUAUCCUUCAUGCUUAUGCCGGGAGGCGACGACGCGGGGACAUUGAAUGGUAUGUUGAUGCCAUGGCCGCUCGUCAUCCUAGCCAUGUCAUUCAUGUGGCCUCGGUUGACAUCGUGAUUGAUGCCACAUAUGGCGACAUUUCCAGAGAACAGACACGAUUUUAUUGGAUUGGUCAUAUUUUGCAAGGACACGUCAUAGGAUUUUUGGCGGGCCCGCCGUGCAAUACCUGGAGCCGAGCACGACACCAUGUUAUUGCUGGCGUUAGAGGACCAAGAGUUGUCAGAACCCCUCAGGAGCCGUGGGGUAAGGAAUCCUUGAGCUUGACCGAGCUCCAACAUGUGAGCAUCGGGAAUCUAUUGCUUGGAUUUGCGCUUGUCUGCCUCACCGCCUUAGCCAUGAGAUCCGGCACGGGACUUGUUGAGCACCCCAAAGACCCCGAGAAAGAUGAGAUGGUGAGCAUUUGGCGGCUGCCGGUUUUGCGUGCGAUUUUACAGCUCCCAAAUGUUCGCCUUGUCCAUUUAGCUCAGGGGUUAUUCGGCGCGCCUUCAGCAAAGCCGACGACGCUGAUGGUGCUCGGAAUGUCCACACUGGAAAAGUUCUUGCACGAGAACAGAGUGACACGCGAGAUCCCGAACGGUGCCUCUGUGGGAAAGGAUCAGUAUGGCCAAUUCAAGACAUCUCCGCUGAAGGAAUAUCCUCCAGCUCUAUGCAAGGCAGUAGCCGAAGCACUGUGCAUGGACAUUGUCAGCACGAAGUGCGACAACACAGAAGUGCCUGCUGAUUUGGUCGAACGUUGUAAAGCUAUGACCGGUCAGUUUUUCGGCACUUACAUAGGCCCUGACAGCUAA